AUGAAUUCCAAUGCUUCCAAACACCUUCCUCGGAAUGGCAAAUACAACGAAAUGUCGCAUUUGUCUCAGUUGGCUGCCCGAAAACAAUCGUCAUCUCAAACAAAACACAAGAAAACCUUACGUGAAGGUCUAAUAGAAAUCUACUAUGAAUAUUGUGCGAAUACCUCCGUACAUGGUGUACAGUAUUUAGGACAAAACCGACCCUGGAAGGAAAUCAUUUUUUGGUUGGCCCAAGUCUAUCACAAAUGGAAUGAUACACCAGUUAUUGUUAGCUUUUCGGAGCGAUCCAUUCCUGUUUCGGAUAUUCCCUUUCCAGCCAUAACUAUUUGUCCAGAAAUUAGAAGAAAAGUGGCAGAUGAUGAUGGUCCCAGUUUCAGCGAAUUACUUAGCAAUUUAACAUUUGGUUUGGGUAUACCAGACAACUUAACACAAACGCAAUUGGAAGAAUUUCUAACGCUGUUACACACCUGUAACACAGAUGUCUAUUCCACGAAUAUUCCCCGACUUUCGAAUACCACAAUCGAUUAUAUUCGCAUCAUAAAUACCAUGUCAAUGGGUUUCGCAGAACAAGCUGUUGUUUGUAAAUGGUUUGGUCUCGAAGACGAAUGCAGUGAUUUGUUAACCAAAACCUAUACCGAUAAUGGUUUAUGUUAUACCUUUAAUGGUUUCAAUGGCACCGAUUUGUAUCGUGAAAAUACAGUACAAUAUCAGCUAAUGGGUCUCGAGAAUCAUGUCAACAAGUCUGCCAAACAACGCAUUAAUCGAACUUUAAAUUGGUCACUCGAGGAGGGAUAUCCCAAAAAUGCUCCCCUAAAAACAUAUCCUGCCAGAGUGGUGAGUGCCAGUACAAGGGCAGCAUUCGAGGCGGGUCUUCGUGUACUCACCGAUAAUAUCGAUUAUAGUUGCAGCCUUGGAACUGAAGGCUUUAAAAUUGUCCUACACACCCCCAAUGAUGUACCGCUACUUUCCAAACGUUUUGUACGCAUUUCACCACACAAAGAAGUGGCAAUUACCGUUAAGCCGGUGAUGUUAACCACAUCGGAUGGUGUUGCCAAUUAUUCACCCGAGAAACGUAAAUGUUUCCUAAAUCGUGAACGCUACCUGAAAUUCUUUAAGGUUUACAGUGAACGGAAUUGUGAAAUGGAAUGCCUCACCAAUUAUACCCUGCAACAAUGCGGUUGUGUUAAAUUCUCUAUGCCACGUACUGCCGAUAUGCCCAUAUGCAGCGAGGAUAAAAUCCAUUGUUACAUUCAAGCCGAAGAUAAAAUGUUAUUGGAGAAUUUCGGUAAUCGUGAUAAGGAUGCUUGCAAUUGUAUGCCAUCGUGUACAUCAUUGGAAUACGAUGUGGAAUUGGCACAAUCGGAUUUUAGUGAAAAACAAAUAUUUUCGGCAUUUCGUAUCGAAGAUGUGGCAACGACAAAAUGGUCACAUUUAAUUGUUCAUUUUAAAGAAAAUCAAUUUAUCACCUCGAAACGUUCGGUACUGUUUGGGUUCACUGAUUUCCUGGGAAAUUGUGGUGGAGUUUUGGGACUUUUUAUGGGUUUUUCAAUAUUGAGUUUAAUCGAAUGGUUCUAUCACAUUACAUUGCGUUUAUGGUCGAAUAUGAGAUCGAGAAAAAGACAAAUUUAG